AUGGCUUCUAGCAAUGGUGCUCUCCGCUUUGCUGACUUCGGCGCAUUACCAAAACGAAUGUUGGCACCAAUCGAAGGUUAUGAAAAGAUGCCAUUGGUAACGCUCGAAGAGGCUGUGAAACCUCUUGUCAAAAUCGUACCGAAAGUCGAGCGAAAUGCUAAGGUAGUCAAAGAAAACUGCCAAGCACCCGAAGAUCGCUUAACACCUGAUGAGUCGGCGUCAAUUAUGCUUUAUACCUAUGAGUCCAUGCCGCAUGAAGACUCGUUAUACGUUAAACUGAAUGAAACUUUACGUUCCGAACAGCGAAAAAAUCUAAUUCCAUGGUUUUUAUAUCUACGACUCAUACUAACAGCACUUGCUCGUCUUCCAUCGAAGUGUCGUUUUGUUUUUCGAGGCGUCCGAGAAAACCUCUGGCCUGAUUAUCCAAAAGGCAAGUCAUUCAUAUGGUGGGGAUUUUCAUCUUGUACUUCAUCGGUCGAAGUACUGGAAAACGAACUAUUUUUCGGGAAAACUGGAAACAGAACUCUAUUCCAAAUAGAGUGUACAACAGCGAAGGACAUCAAAAAUCAUUCAUUUGUCACCGGCGAAGAUGAAGUACUUUUAUUACCCGCCAGAAAAUUUCAAGUCAAAUCUUGUCUCGAUUCCGGAAACGGGCUUCACAUUGUACAACUGGAAGAAGUGCAGCCAGAAUAUGAACUACUGGAAUCUGUUCCAUUACCGGAUCAGUUUGGAGCAAUGAAACUUGACGAGAAUACAAAGUCACAAGGUUAG